CCCCCCCCCCCCCCCCUUUUCUCGUCACCAUCAAGCUGUCUAGUGAUGCACGAACAAGAGUUAAUUCAGCUAUCGCCACCCAGUUAAAGGCCCUCACGACCAGACAGACAUGGCAAAGUUGCCCGUCUGGACAAGUGUCAUGCCUGCAUCUUCAUCCCACUCGUCCGAGAUGGCCAGAAUACGCCGCAGCCCUGCUGUCCAACCACGAGAUGACGUCUCAAUGUUAAUAAAACACAGACAUGUCUUGGCUGCCAUCGCUCACAUGUCGGAUGGUUCCAUUACGAGAGGUCAUCCAGCUCCGGACUAACGAUCAUUGCCAAUAUGGGCGCCAUCCUCCUCGGUGCCUCGAUGGCGCAUCUGAUUCGCCAGCCCGUCCGAGAUGUCACUUUAAGCUAUCAACAGGUCCCUGGCGGCUGAGAACUUGGCGAUAUCGUCUGUAUCGAGUUAUAUAGCUGCUUUCCUUUCUUCAUAGGCGUCAAGAUGAUCCCGUUGCCUCCCGCUCUGUCGCCACUUACUGCCAACCCCCCACGAUGCGUGCCGCUCGUUUUGUGUCCGUCUUCACGGGCAUCGCCGUUGCCUGCAACGGGAACAAUGCGCUCUGCGGGAAGAAGUACUCGGACGUGACGUUUGUUGGAUCCCACAACAGCGCCUUCGUCGGCAUCACGCCCGCCCAUAACCAGUACGUGUCGGUGACGGCCCAGCUCGACCUAGGCGUGCGCUUCCUCCAGGCCCAGACACAGAACAAGAACGGCCAGAUCCAGAUGUGCCACACCACCUGCGCCCUGCUGGAUUCAGGAUCGCUUUCGAGGUACCUCGAGGAGAUACGGAAGUGGAUGGAAGCUCACCCGCGGGAUGUGGUCACGCUCCUUCUCACCAACAUCGAUGCGAUGCCCGUCACGCAAUUCGGCGACACCUUCAAGAACACGGGUCUGGAGAAGUACGCCUUUAGACCGAAAGAGAAGGUGGCCAUCGACCAGUGGCCGACGCUUCAGAAGCUCAUCGAUGAGGGCACAAGACUGGUCGUCUUCAUGGACUAUCACUCGGACACGAGCAAGGUGGACUACAUCCUCGAUGAGUUCCAGUACUACUGGGAGACGCCAUUCGGCGAGACAAACGCAGGCUUUCCCAGGUGCAACAUCGACCGGCCGCAAGGCGUUGACCCUGGCGGCCGCAUGUACCUCGUCAACCACUUCCUCAACGUCGAGCUGUUCGCCGGCAUCAAGAUCCCGGACCAGCUCAACGCGCCGAGGACGAACUCGCUGCAGUCCAUCGAUAAGCAGGUCAACCUGUGCAGGGGGAUGUGGGGACGAACGCCGAGUGUCAUUCUGCUCGACUGGAUCAAUGUCGGUGAGGCGAUCAAGGCACAGAACCAAUACAACAGUUGAGAAGACGGUGGUCUUCCACGAAUGAAAUGCGGCUGGGAGGGACCAGCGUGUAGCGUCAAAGAUAGAAAGUUGGGAUGCUCGGUCAAGACAAAAGGAGGAAGGGGGAGGCUAGUGGCCAUCUUCGCGAUUUCAGCCAUUGCCCGCGCGGCCCAUGUGACUCGCGAAUUAAUCCUGGCGACGAUCCGCAGGGCGGCCGAGGGGGACACGCCGUUCGCGUCA